GUUAUCACGACAGUAGGCAAACUAUCGUAAAUCUUGCUGCUGGGCCCACCAGAAUCGGUCCACAAACGGAUUGACGACGAUGAUGCUGCCAAAGUGAUUGUGGCGGUUGGCUGGUGACGCCUAGUGCAGCGGGCUAGUUUGAGCGGGAGCAUACGUCGGGACGGACAAAACUUAUUUGUUUCCAAAACGAUCGCGAUGAGCCAACGAGUUUGAAACGUUCAAGUGCGGGACAGGAUUCGAGUGCUGAAAACGUGAAAAGAACAGAAAAGGUAUACCCCUACCGCAAAUAUAAACGCAUGCCGUCUUUCUAGAUCCCGCAUUUGCGAUCGAGUGACCGUUAUCUCCGCAUGUGAAUCGUUUGAGGAGCGAUUAUUAUCAUCCGCAGAACAGCUGAUUCUAAUUUCACAACCAUUCGGACAAUGUCAACGGAAGGACCUGCCACGCUGAAUCCCAUUUCGAUGGAUAGCAGCGAUCCGAUGGGGACCAACGGACAUCACGGUCAGAAUGUGGACGAGCUCAGCCGGUCACUUCAGCGAUUUAACUGGCCGGAUUACUUGGUGUUUGUGCUGAUGUUGGUGAGCUGUAUAUUCAUAGGGAUCUACUUUGGCUACAAAGAUCAUCAGAAACACAAAAACCGGAAAACCGCACGGAGGGACUCGGAAGCUUUGGAUUACUUGGUCGGUGGGAGAAAGAUGAAAAUCUUCCCAGUCGCAGUCUCAUUGGUGGCCAGUUGGAUUUCCGGGAUUUCACUGCUGGGAACAUCAACGGAGAUCUACGUGUACGGUACGCAGUACUGUUAUAUCGUUUUUGCCGUCGUGCUGAUGGGAUUCGCGAUGCACUACAUUUUCCUGCCAGUUUUCCAUGAUCUACAGAUUACAUCAGCAUACGAGUAUUUGCAGUUGAGAUUCGAUAAACGGAUGCGACUGAUUGGAUCCAUCCUUUUUACAAUGGCUUCGAUCCUUUGGCUACCGAUCGUGGUGUAUGUUCCCGCUUUGGCAUUUAAUCAAGUGUCGGGGGUAAAUAUUCACGUCAUCACGCCCAUUGUCUGCUUGGUGUGCAUUUUCUACACCAGUGUGGGUGGGCUGAAGGCCGUCGUUUGGACAGAUGUUAUUCAGACCUCGAUCAUGGUCGGUGCAAUGAUCAUCGUUAUCAUCAAGGGAACCAUGGAUGUGGGAGGCCUGAGUGUGGUCAUUGAACGGAACUCUUUGGGACAACGGUUCGACAAACCCGACUUUAACCUGGAUCCCACCGAAAGGAACACUUUUUGGAACCUGUUCAUAGGUGGUACAUUUUUCUGGACGUCUACCAAUGCCACUAACCAGAACAUGAUCCAGCGUUACCUCUCUCUGCCUAGUCUGCGAUCAGCGCGGAAAGCUCUGGUGUUGUUCCUUGUCGGAACAACUGCUGUACUUUCCCUGUGCUGCUAUAACGGACUACUGAUCUACGCCAUGUACCACGAUUGUGACCCACUGAGCACUGGUCUGGCUAAAGCGAAAGACCAACUGGUGCCCCUGCUAGUGAUGGAAGUUUUGGCCAUCUACCCCGGUCUUGCCGGUUUAUUCGUAGCUGGAAUUUUCAGCGCUGCUCUGAGCUCACUAUCAACCGCUCUCAACUCCCUAUCAGCAAUUGUUUUGGAAGAUUUCUGCAAACCGUUCGUUAAGCGGCCCCUGUCCGAAAUUCAAGUGCGCUAUCUUAUGCGCGUGACUGUGCUCAUCUUUGGUGCUUUGGCGGUGGUGCUGGUGAUGGUGGUCGAAAAAAUGGGAGCCGUCCUGCAGCUGUCGAUGAGUUUGGGACCGGUGACGCUUGGACCUUUGUUUGGGCUUUUCGUGAUGGGAAUGUUCUUCCCUCGGAUAAAUGGAACGUGCGCCAUCAUCGGAACCAUCGGAGGAUUAGCCACCAUGUCCUACAUCGUCAUUCGGUCGCAAAUUUCAAUCGCUCUCGGUGAAAUGGUGUUUGCCGAAAAGCCAGUAACCGUGGAAGGAUGCGCGUACGAUUUCACCCCACUGAACCGAACGGUAUCCUUCCCUCCGGAUGGUUCCGGUACCCAUGUGGAAAAAUCGCUCCAUCACGUAUCGUUCCUCUACUACACCCUGAUCGGUUCCAUGGUACCGACGAUCAUUGGAUACCUGAGCUCGGUUGUAAUGAGUUUUACUGUCGGGAUGAACCCCGAGGAGCAACAUGUGGACCCCCAGUUGCUGGCACCGUUCAUCCAGAAGUACUAUCAGCCGAGCAAAGUGAGAAACGUGACCGAGGUUAUACACGAGUUCGAGACGAAAGACAUUCAGCUGUGAGACGGGUUGGAGCUUGCGGUGCUACUGUGAUUCGGUGUGAAUGUGAUUUUAUUUUAAGAGAAUAAAGCUUUCGUCGUGACUGGA